AAUUUCACAGACUAUAUCAAAUUUGUGUGGAUUUGAGACGAGAAUUUCGCUUUUGCCGUGAUUUAUUUUUGGAGGAAAACAUUGAGGAUUACGUAUUUUGUAUUGUGUGUGUUGUUGCUCCAAGCAAUGAGCGUCUAGUUAGUAACCACCGCACAAUAUUAUUUGUUUAGUUUAGCUUAUUCAGCACUGGGGAUCUGACCUACGGUCUUUCGCAAUUCGGAUCUCAUUAUUAUGUACUAAAACAUAUUUGGAGCUCCUGAAACCAGUGUUUGAAUAACCGAUUCGAUGGAGAAUCAGUACACUGUACAGAAUUUAGAGUAUGCGGUAUCGGUGUUUUACAAUAGUGAACAUAAUGAGAGGGCACAGGCUCAUCAAUGGCUCACGACGGCGCAGCGCUGCCCCGAGGCCUGGAGCUUCGUGUGGGAGCUGCUGCAACCUACCAAGCCUACAGAGGUGCAGUUCUUUGCGGCUACCACUCUGCACACCAAGUUGUUGAGAUGCUGGGGAGAGGUGCCAGAGGAAAGCCAUGAAGAGCUGAAGAACAAGAUAUUACAUGCAGUUCUGUCCUAUGCUAAAGGACCUAAAAUUGUUUUGAACCGUCUUUGCAUUAGUUUGGCAGCAUUUAUCCUGCAGCAAGCCUCAACUGACUUGGUGUCUAUACUGAGCCCCCUGUCGGCGGCGGAACACCGGCCUCUCUUACUUGAAGUACUCACUGUGAUACCUGAAGAGUUCAACAGCAUGACAAUGUUAUCACCACUGAGGGUGAAGAACAGAAUUAUUUUACAAAAAGCCUGUCCUGCGGUCCUUGAUGAUAUGCUGCAGUGUUUACAAAGUGUUUAUAGCAAAGAGCCGCCAUCAGAAGAGACGAUCCAGUGGUGGUGGCUGGCGGCGCUGUGCUGCGGCAGCUGGCUCACUCUCGGCGCGGACGAGGCGUCGCCCGAGCGAGGCAUCAGUGUGGACCUGGCACAGCGAUUGCCACUGGUUAACGCGCUGUUCAGCGUCGUUCAACAACUUUACACGCACCACGAAGUGAUCAGCGACUCGGCACUAGAAGCAUGUGAGGCGGCAUUAAGUGCGGUGCGCGCGGCCGGCGCAGCCCCUGACGCGGCGAGGAGCCCCGGUGCGGCCCUGCAGUUGUUGAGCGAGUUGGCAGCCCUAGCCGCGCCCAUACUGGCCAGGGAUAACGUGCCUAACUCUAUCAAUGAGGAAUUACUCUCCGCUAUCGCGACCUGCGCCGUAUCGCUCACCGAGUGUCAUUCCCGGGCCAUCGUCACAGCCAUAGAGAGAGAGGGUCACUCCGGGGCAUUACAGACCCUCGAGUUGCUGCUAGCGAGCCAGGCGGCCCCCGGACACUACCCCGUGCACGAGACGCGCUCGCAUCUAGUCACCGCCGUGUGGUACACCGUGCAGGACGAGAUCCUGUGCCUGUCUCCCAGCCCGGGCGCGGCGUGGCGCGGGCUGUUCUCCCGGCUGCUGCGCGCGCUGCUCACCAAGAGCGAGGCGCCGGCGGAGCAGCUGGCGCGGGACGACGCCGAGCUGCUGCGCUGCUACCGGCAGGACCUGGCCGACACCGCCAUGUACUGCUUCGGCGUGCUAGGCGACUACAGCUUCACAAUCAUCGAGUCGGCCUGGCGGGAAGCUACCACUGACUGCCGGCGAGAAGCCUGUCUACACAUUCUACUGGCUCUGGGAGACACGACGCCGCAGAGCAAGGCGCCGGGCGACCUCAUAGUGAUGUUGGAGCACGCGGUCAACACGGCCGCGAGCUGUGAGGACAAGGAGCUGUGCAAUACUGCGCUGCACUGCUUAGGCGCCUACUCCUGGUGGCUAAGCAGUAUGGACGACAAAGGACCCACGUUAGCGAUGUCAGCGCUGCGCGCAGCGGGCGCGGCGCUAGACCGAGCGCCUCAAGCAGCGGCUUUAGCGCUGAAGAAACUCAGUACGGAGUGUAGCGGCAUCGCCGCGCCGCUGGCCGCAGAGAUCGUGCAGGCCGCUCAGAGUCCCCGCGGGUGCGGCGACGCGUGGGUGCGGCGGCAGCUGCUGGGGGCGGCGGGGGCGGCACUUUCGGCGGCCGCGCGCCCCCUCUCCGCGCCGCUGCUGCGCGCGCUGGCCGACUCCAUACACAUAGAGCUGCUCGCACAGGCAGCAGACCCAACAAAGAGCCACGGCGGCGCGGAGGCGGCGGCGGCCCUGAUGACGUCACUGAAGGCUCGCAGCGACCUCGCGGCCGACCUGUUCUCGGUCAUACUGCCCGCGCUGCCGCCCUUCGCGGAACAUGCCGCUUUGGUGCCGCCCCUAUUCCUGAUCCUGAACCAGACGAUAUCAAUCCUGAUGGACGACUGUCUGCCCAUGAUGGAGCACAUCGCGCGGCUCGCGGCGCGGGCGAGCGAGACGCACCAGUGUGCGAGCGGGAUAGACGUCGUCAAGUUGAUAGUACUAAUGUUCGGCAACCAAUGGCCGGGCUGCCCCAGCCUCCUCCACGGCACGGUAUCGGCCGCCGCCCGCGCCUGCGCAAGUGACGCGGCCGGGCGCAGUGACGUCACCGAGGCGCUGUUCAACGCGCUACAGAGUAUUACCAAGAAGAAGCCGAGAUAUGUGGACUCUUUGGAGGAUUUGCUGCCGGAGUUGGUGGAUUUGGCCUGCAACUGCAUCCGCCUAUGGGAGGCGGGCGCGGCGCGGGCGGCGUGCGGCUGGCUGGGGGCGCUGGCGGGCGCGCGCCCCGCCGCGCUGCUGCCCCGCGCGCCCGCCCUCACCGCCGCCGCCCUUCGCUGCAUAGGAGGCCUAACCCCCCGCAACCAAGUGGAGCCGCUAGCGGAGCUCCUACUAGCGCUGAACCGCGCGUCGUUCGGCGGUGGCGGGCUGGCGGCGUGGCUGCGCGGCGCGCUGGGCCAGGCGCACUUCCCCACGCCGCACGCCGCCGACCACCACAAGCUGGCCUUCAUCAACAACGUGCUCAAAGAAAAAAGCAGCAAACGACGUCUGUUAGAAACAGUUCAAGAAUUCUCACUCGUAUGUAGAGGCCUCAUUGGCACGGAGUAUGCCAGACAGACUCUGGCCGCCAAACAACUCAUCGCCUAAACUAAACCUACUAUACUUUAAGUAGCAAUAUUAUUUAUUAACUCUGUAAAUACUGUUAUUAGGAUCUCUAAUCAAUUAUAAACAAUAAGUCAUGUUUAAAGUGUACAUUUAUUUUAAAAUAAACUAUGAUUUAAGUAUAAAUUCAGCAAUAGUAUUCUUUAGUAACAUAAUUUUUAAACCCGAACAUUAAAAUAAAACUAAACAUGAUUUUUACACAUAUAAAUAUAAAUUACAUGAUAAGGGUUUAUGAAGCCUCCAAAACAUAUUAGAAUCAGGAAAUGUAGUACGCAAAGUAGGUAUGAGUUGAUAACAUUGAAAUAUAUCAACAGACGGAUACAAAAUCGAUUUCAUAUUCAACAAAAUAAACUCAUACUUUAGCCGUACAGCUAUUGGUCUUUUCUACAAUAUGAAAUAAACAGGUACAAUACAUGACACAAUUUUAGCUUUUUGAGAUCAUCAAUGAAUUCAAUGUUUAUUUUCAGAUAAAUAUAAUCACAAUUUAAUAAACAGACCCUCUUACAAUAUAAUAUAAAAAGAGUUAAUUUCU